AUGUCGAUUGAUCAGUUAGAGUCUAGCAUCUCCAAUUUAGCUUUGGACAACGAUGUUGAUAUUAAUCCAGCUGGCCAUUCAAAGAAGCACAGGAGAUCAAAUAGAGCUUUUCACAGCUUUACUGGUAACACUCCAGUUGGUACCCCCACUAUGCCUGUAGGUGUCACGUUCGGUGGUAUUCCAACUACUCCUGGGUUUAACGCAGCACCACCAGGCUUCAAUGCUAAUGUUGCUUCAUCUCCAGUCACGAUGAACCAAGAACCAAUCCAACAAUACCCAUUCCCACAACCUGAGCUCACGACAACCUCGCACCAUAUCUCCAGUAAGAGAUGGGAGGAUCAAAUUCAAUAUUUGUCCAAAGCCUUUGAUACUUCAAGAGACAUUUUGCCACCUUUACCAACCACUCAAUUCUAUUCAGUAGACCAAAAAUCGUGUGAUCCUAGAUUAAUGCAAUUAAGUAUGCAUAAGAUCCCAGCUGAUGAACAUGUUAGAUCUGCCACAAAGUUACCAUUUGGACUGACAGUGCAGCCAUUUGCAGAUAUUAUCUCAGCUCAAGAAAGUGAAAUCCCAGUGGUUAGUUCUAAUGACGUUAACAAUGCAAUCAAGCCACCUCUACGUUGUAGACGUUGUCGUUCUUACAUUAAUCCGUUCUAUCAAUUAACCUACGAUUUGAAAGCUAUCUGUAACUUUUGUAAAGUUAAAAUGAAACUAUCAGAAGAUGAGACCUUUGGAAUGGAUACCUUAAAUUAUACUGCUAGUAAUAAAGUUGAAUUAACUAAAGGCUGUGUUGACUUCUUAGCUCCAAAAGCUUACAAUGCCACUCCUGAUGUUCAUCCAUUACCACUACAUUACAUCUUUGUCGUCGAUGUCUCUUUAUUAGCAAAUGAGAAUGGCAGUAGUUAUGCUGUCAUUGACGCAAUAAGGAAUUCUGUUGAAUAUAUUAUGGAAAAUCAACCAAAUUGUAAAAUUGCAAUUAUGACAUACGACAAUAAAUUGAAAUUCUAUAAUCUAAGAAGCAAUUUAGAAUCUGCCCAAGAAUACAUUGUCAAUGAAUUGACUGAUGAUGUCUUUAUUCCAUUUUACAAUGGGCUAUUUGUCAGACCCGAAGAGUCAAUACACGUUAUAAAUGAUACAUUAGGUAAAAUCAGUGACUUCGUCAGAAACCAAAAGUAUAGUCACGUUCCACAAUCAUGUUACGGUGUUGCAUUACAAGCUGCCAGAAUCGCUCUGGAUACUGUAACUAAAGGGCAGGGUGGUAAAAUCAUUUGCUCCCUCAAUUCUUUACCAACUAUCGGCUAUGGUAAUUUAUCACUGAAGAAGGAUGAUAAUGGAAAACAUGAUUUAAACUGUAAUAAUGAAUAUUACAGUAAGUUGUCACAUAAUUUAUUGAGGUCAUAUAUUUCUGUUGAUCUUUUGGUCACGAGCGCAGGUUUUGUUGACAUGUGUACUGUUGCUCAACCUGUUAGAAUGACGAGUGGAAAUUUGAAAUAUUAUCCACAUUUCCGUGCCAGUGAAGAUGACAGUAUGAUUAUUAAUGAUAUGAUUGAUAACAUAUCGAAGAUCACAGGUUACCAAGCAUUAUUGAAAGUCCGUUCAUCUGAAGGUAUUUCUGUGGAUCAAUAUUAUUCGAUAUCAGUUGAUUAUUCUGACCGUGAUCCAAUAAUUCCAGUCUUAACUAAGGACACAACUUUAGAUGUUUUAUUCAAAUAUGAUGGAAAAUUCAAAAAAACUGGUGUACCAGUGUAUUUUCAAACUGCAUUAUUAUACACUGAUAUCAAUGGUAUUAGGAAAAUCCGUUCCAUGAAUUGUUUCGGUACCGUUUCCAAUAAUAUUAACGAAAUCUUCCAAAACUUGAACGAGAACUCUAUAAUGAGAAUUAUGAUCAAGGAUGUCAUUAGAACAUUAGGUGACUGUGAUUUUAAGAAGAUAAGAGAAAGUAUUGAUACAAAAUUAAUCGAUGUUUUAACACAAUACAGAGCAUUGGUAAGUGGCAAUUCUUCUUCGCAAUUAGUUUUACCUGAUUGUUUAAAGACUCUACCAAUGUACAUGUUAUCAUUUGAAAAGACAGACUUGAUGAAACCAAAUACACAAAGUACACGUGGUAACGAAAGAAUCAACGAUUUGAUUAAAUUAGAGACUUUAGACAGCGCUCAAUUACAAUACAAGUUAUACCCUCAAAUCUUACCUUUCCAUGUUCUACUAAACGAGAAUGAUUUCACUUUCUACGAUGCUAACGACAAGAUGCUACAACUUGAUCAGACUUCCUUAGAAAAUCUUUCUGUGAGAAAUGGAUACCACAAUUUAACCAAUGGCGGUUGCUAUUUCAUUUUCCAAAGUGAAGUCGUGUACUUGUGGUUUAAUGAAAAUACCAACAAGAUGUUAUUACAGGAUCUAUUAGGUGUUGAUGCCAAUUUAUCAAUCAACCAAAUUUCCCUGUAUAGUAGCUACUUACCAGAGACCGGCACUGAUAUCAAUGAAAAAGCUUCAAAUGUGAUCAAGAAUUGGGCACAAUCAGUUGGAAAGCAGUCUGUCCCAAUCAAGCUCCUAAGACCAAACAUAGACGCAUACUACGGUUACGUAAUGAGUCAACUCUUGGUAGAAGAUAAGACUAUCAAUAUGAUUGAAAGUUUCGAUAAUUACUUAAUCUAUCUACAUGCACAGAUCCAAGAAAAAGUCAAAAAGGAAGAUUACGUGAAGAUCAACGGUUCAUCCAAGAGCCACGAAACUUUCCAUCAGAAAUUUGUACAAUUUUAA